AUGCUUUCCGUGGCCCUCUUUGCCGUCCUCUCUACCUUGGCCGCCGCCUCUCCCGCCAAGGUCAAUGUCGUCCGGGAGCGGAACAAUGUCUCUCCCUUCGUCUCGCCUUCUGGUCUCAACUUGACCUACUCGUCCAAGUACAACAGCUCUCUCCCUAAUGUUGUCAUCAUGGCGACUGGAGGGACCAUCGCCGGAUCGGGUGCGGGUGCUGCCAGCUCGGGAGUCUACUCUGCAGGUGCCAUUGGUGUCGAAGCUUUGAUUCAAGCGGUACCGGAUAUGCUGAACAUCUCCAACAUCUACGGGUAUCAGAUCGCCAAUGUCGGUUCCCCUUCGAUCAACUCGACGAUCCAGCUCGCCAUCGCAAAGGCUGCGAAUGCGAUCCUGUGCGCCCCCGGCUCCGUCACGGACGGUGUGGUCGUCACGCACGGUACUGAUACUCUCGAGGAGACCGCCUUCUUCCUCGACCUCACUGUGAACUGCGGCAAGCCCGUUGUCAUCGUCGGUGCUAUGCGACCCGCUACCGCCUACUCUGCGGACGGACCCGCCAACCUCCUCCAGGCCGUCACCGCUGCGGCCUCGCCUCUGUCAAAGGAUAGAGGGGCGCUCAUUACCAUGAACGAUCGUGUCGGCAGCGCUUGGUACACCCAGAAGACCCACGUCAACUAUCUCGACACCUUCAAGGCGCCCGAGCCUGGAUACCUUGGUGGCUUCUUCAACAACGAGCUGUUCUACUACAACAGCCCUGCUACCCCCACCUUCAAAAAGACCUUCAACGUCAACAACCUCACCUCCCUCCCUCGCGUGGACAUCGUCUACGGUCAGCAAGAGUUCGAUGGCCGCCUGCUCGAGGCCGCUCUUGCCUUCGGCGACGUCAAGGGUCUGGUCAUCGCUUCCCCCAACGGCGGUGUCGGCGCCGAUGCCGCCAUCGCCCGAGUUGCCGGCCGUAUCCCAGUCGUCCGCCACGUCCGUAUCAACGUCGGCAUGAUUGCGCCCAGCGAGCGAGUACCCACCGGCAACGCCACCAUCUCGUCCGGGUUGGUCAACAACCAAAAGUCCCGCAUCCAGCUCAUGCUUGCCUUGGGUACUGGCGCGGACCCCCGGGAGACCUUCGAGGAGCCGCUCAGGAGCAUCCUGUAUGGGAAGUAG